GAUUGUUAAUUGGUGUAUUUUUUACAGACUAUAGUCAUGCUUGGUCUGGUUUCAAUAUUAUUGGUCGUAGGCGUUCACGCCGCUGUUGGGAAUCCAAGCUUGAGGUCAUCCCCGCCAUAUGUCCAAUCAAAGGCGUCGUUUCAAAGUGCUAAAUUAUAUUUGAAGGAGAAUAUACCCUACGACAACCGCAACAUCACCCACCCGGAGUUCAGACGACAUGCUGGCUACGGAAUGAUAGCAGCUGUAACGAGCAAGCUAGUAGAAGCCCACCUUAAGAACGUUAAGGAAUAUGAUCCCCUAAAAGUACUUGAUGAUAACGUACCGGUGAUAUGGCAAAACUACAACGGUGAAGCUUCCAAACCAGUAAACAGCAUGUUAGCUGAAGCACAAGCCGGAAUCCAACCUGUGACCACUCUAAUAGAUGCGCUGUGCUUAUCAACUGACGACAUCGACGCCUGUAAUGAUGAAGUCGAAUCAAAAGUUGCUGCGGGCGGCGAUUUCUUGAGAAACCGAGCCAAUAUGCUGCUCCAACUGGGUGUAGUUUCGGAUAUCAUAAGAAACCAUGCGAACGAAAUCAACGACGUCGUAUCCAAUGACCAGCAAAUUCCGUACCUCCUUCAUAAUGUGAAUUCACGCGCGUAUAAUUCAUUUGUUGUUGAAUUAACUAAACUUUAUGGACUUUUGCGUAAAAACUCACAUUAAAUAUAUAUCACGAUUUUGAAACAUUAUGUUAUAUUAAAUAAAUACUGAAGCAUAAGUAUAUU